CCUGCGAGUUUUGUCAUUCUGCACGGCCUGCACGUUCUUCCUCCCCGAAACGAUUAGUUGCUUAGCCCGUUAGCCACGCCUUCCUUGUGACGUAUUAGUUUGCUUAUAUAGCCACGUGCGAGUGUGUUCGUUCAGCGCAUUAGUGUGACUGUGGUGAUAAGACGAGGAAUUUGCUUCACUCGGGAAUUGUAUUAAUUGUUAUAUUCUACAUUUUCCACGGCUUGUGUACUAGAACGUCUCGAGUAACCAGCACGGAAACGAUGAAGUACAUUAUAGGAAUAGGCGGUGUGACCAAUGGUGGUAAAACCACCUUGACGAACAGGUUAAUAAAAGCCUUGCCAAACUGUUGUGUGGUUCACCAGGAUGACUUUUUCAAGCCGCCGGAUCAGAUAGCAGUCGGAGCGGACGGCUUUAAACAGUGGGAUGUGAUCACGUCUUUAGAUAUGGAGGCCAUGGUGAACACAAUCAAGGGUUGGAUGGAGAACCCGGUCAAGUUUGCCCGUUCUCACGGUGUCCAGGUGACCCCGGCCGCCGAGAUGGAUGACCCCGAGAUCCAAAUUCACAUACUUAUCGUAGAAGGAUUUCUACUGUACAACUACAAGCCUUUGGUGGAUGUCUUUGACAAAAGUUACUAUAUAACCAUCCCAUAUGAAGAGUGCAAGAACAGGAGAAGUACACGGCAGUAUAAUGUCCCUGAUCCUCCCGGCCUCUUUGAUGGUCACGUGUGGCCCAUGUACCUGAAACACACACGUGAGAUGGAGAGCUGCGGUUUGCAAAUUGAAUAUCUCGAUGGCUUAAAAACGAAAGAUGAGAUGUACAAUCGGGUCUACGAAGACAUCCACAACACGCUCCUGAAUCGCUUAUAGGAGCAGGCUCCAUUCCAGCAUCUAUGUACAAAAUUGUAAAUGCAAAUCUUGGUCUUUUUUUUAAUGGUGAUCGUUUUGUAAAUAGAAUGACAAGAAUGUAACUUAAGUGCUCGCAGAAGAACAUUUGAUUUGUUUUUAAUUUGUUGACUGUUUGUUUUUUCUUUUUAAUUGUUGCUGACUUUCAAAGCACUCCAUGGAAACCAUACAACCGUGUUUCCAAACUUAGUUUGUAACCGUAUCAAUAAACAUUGUGCUUUGAUUUCUCAAUCUUUAAUUCUGUUUUAUGUAUUGAAUCCCAUGCAUUGGAACAAUUAACUACAUAUUUUGGGCAUGUAUUGUUUAAACAUCUACCAAAUGUUAAUCUUUUUUCUUUUUAAAUGAAGUUCAUGUAUCUGUCUAGUUUCAUCCUAGAUUGUCUUUGUAGAGCAUCGGGGGUCCAUGGAGCCCUCAUUUAAAUUAAACUGAAUAAGGGGACUCGUCUAUGAGUUGUAUGACUUUUAUACAUUUACUAGUAACAGAAGGUAUGUGUUUCUCCAUGUAACAAAGCUAGUCAGAUACAUGAGGCCAUUAACUUAAAUGUUUAUUUUUUUUCCACCUCCAUCCAUCUCCUAUUUAGACUUCUAGGUUAUUUUUCCAAAUCCAUAAACUUUAUAAAUGCAUACAGUCUAUAAUCCAAUAAUAAGUCUUUCUACCUUAACUCAAGUUUAUUUGUGUGUAAUAAUAUCUGUGCUGAAUUCUUCCUUGAAUGAAAACAAACACUGUCUAGACAUUUUCCUGAAUAAACCUUGAGCUCAUUUUUUAA